AAGUGUACAUUUUAUUUUAUCUGCGUAUGUCGUCUUAUUGCAAUUGUGAAGCGUAGAAGAUUUAUUUUUUCUUCUGUUGUUUGAGAUUUUAUCAAUAAAAUUAAAAUGUCUCUGUGGCGUAUAUUGCCACCGAAAUUGUGCGUUAAACCAGCACAGAGUUUGUCGCAGAGUGUUCCUUGCUUAUUCUAUCAUCCAAAUGUACUAGAUCAUUACGAAAAUCCAAGAAAUGUUGGAUCAUUGGAUAAAAAUGAUAAACAAGUGGGUACCGGUCUCGUUGGAGCUCCUGCAUGUGGAGAUGUUAUGAAAUUACAGAUUAAAGUUGAUGAAAAUGGAAAAAUUAUUGAUGCAAAAUUUAAAACAUUUGGAUGUGGAUCAGCUAUUGCUUCAAGCUCUAUUGCUACCGAAUGGGUCAAGGGAAAGACGGUUGAUGAAGCUUUAAAAUUGAAAAAUACUGACAUUGCAAAAGAACUUUGUCUUCCGCCUGUCAAGCUGCAUUGUUCGAUGCUUGCGGAAGAUGCAAUUAAAGCUGCAUUGUCAGACUACAGAAUUAAACAACAGAGUAAAAAAACCGAUGACUAGUAACAGAAGAAAGUUCAACUAAGGACGAUAUUGAAUCAUUCGUUUUAGAUAUAUAAUAGCAGAGAUUGGUAACAAUAAAAUUUAAUUAUAUAAAGAGAAUUUAAAAUAUCAACCAUUGUAAUUGGAGUAAUUCAAAUAUUUUCAUUUGUAAUAUAAACAUUAAGUUUGUUUGCAUAUUUCUUUAUUAUUCAUGAUCAAAAUUACAAAUAUUACUUAAAGAGAUAGUUUUUCAAAUGAUU